UCAAAAUUUCACUUGAAGUUGUUUGGUCGACCCCCAAUCAUAUGUUUACCUUCAAGUCUCAGUCUCAGUUGUUGAUCUGAUCGGUUUGUUGUGAUUUCUAAUUGAAUCAUUUGGAUUUAAAUUGUUUCGUUUUUUUCUGGUUAAUUUUUAUCAUUUUUCUUUCCUUUGUGAUAAUUACAAGUGAUCAUCAUGAAAUUUGAAUUAACUGAGAAUUUGGAAUCAACCGGAUUGGAUGAAAAUAAUGUUCCCGAUGGUGAAAAGAGUGAUGGUAAACAUGAUGGAGAGAUUAACAGACUUGGCUUAAUUUCUGCAAUUUUCUAUUUAAUUGUUAUCGUUUUGAUCGGAUUACCUGUUUGGAUUAAGACUACAUCACCUUCUAGAUACAGUUUACCCGAUGUGGCCUCUUUAAUGGUCCAUCUUCAAACUACCGUCAAUUUGGUUGACAUUAGUGUGGUUGUUUCUGUUGAUUUGGAUAAGGAAUCAUUGGCUUCUCAAUUACCUCGGAAUCAUAUCACUUCUGAUGGCGGUGUUGCUUUUAACAUCGAUUGGAGGGAGAAAAUGACCGCCGAAGAGGAGAAAGUUUGGACAAAGGCCAAAUCAUUGGAAAACUUUGACCGAGAAUUGGGUAAACUGGAAUCACACCAGAAACCUGGGAGACUUUACAUCUUUCUGGUUGAUAUGAAUUUCAUACGGAAAUUGGGAAAAACUGUGACCGUUUUGGGGUCGAAUCGAUUUGUUUACAUUGGUGUUCGUGAUGAAGAAAUGAGUGUCAUCGAUGUUGAUGAGGAUAAAUCGCUGGUCAUGUUGAUCUUGGACACUCUUGAGACAGUAUUUGAAGGUAAAUCUGAUUCUUCAUCGCUGAUUUCCAAUGACCAAGAAGAAAAAGAGAAUAUCAAAUAUCUAUUAAAUCGUGAAUUAGAUGUGAUUGUCAAUUUCAUCAGUGAAAAUAUCGAAGAUGCCGAUUACAAGACGAAACAAAUGAUCUCAACCGCUCGGAAACUCGGCGAGGAAGCGUUUAUCCAGCAAAGUGGAAUAUCAAAUUUAAUCUGGAUCAAUUUCAUCAGUCAAAUGGUUUAUCAUUGUUUUGAUUCACAAUUUAUCGAGAAAAAUUUGAUCAAUUCUGAUGAUCCAAAUAGGAAGGAGCGUUUAUUUGACCAAUCCCAUGUUGGCCUGUUACUUAAUUCAAUUGAAUCAAGGAUAGUUGAACCAAAUACGAAAACAAGUUAUCAUCUCCAUGUAAUUAUACCUUCAUCAUCAUCUAGGAAUCAAUCAGUUUAUUUUUACGAUAAAAGUACCAAAGGAAAAUCAUUUGCCGUUUCAACCUCUCACCGAGCGGGUAUAUUUUUCUGGAACAAGGAGAACGACUUUAAUCUGGCCUUUAAAUCAUUUGCUAGAAAUUUAAUCGGACUUUCAUCAAUCCAACCAAUCAAUUCAAUAACUCGAAACAUUUUCUUCACCAAAUGGGAAUUAGAUUAUCUUAUGAGACAAAUGACAUUACAACAAUUAGCGAAGACACUUUCAUCACUCGAAUCACUUGAUAAACUAUUGAUUAAGGUGAAAAAUAUUGUCAUUCUCAAGGAGAUCGCCGAUAAAAUGAAUCAAGCUGCUGAUCUUUCUCAUAAAUCGAUUGACCUUUUAGCCCAAGGGAAUCUAAUGAAAGCCUACGAAUUAAGUAGUAAAGCCUUCGACGCCUCAGAAAGUGCUUUCUUUGAUCCAUCGCUACUUUCGAGGUUAUAUUUCCCGGAAGAUCAAAAGUACGCUGUUUAUUUCCCUCUUUUCCUGCCAAUGUCCGUUCCCUUGACUCUAUCAAUUUGGCAGAUAAUUAAGCUCUAUCUAAGUAAAAGAAAACACAUCAAGCAAGAUUAACCUCUUAAUCCAUCGGAUUAAAGAGCGACCAUCAAAAUCUAUCCCCAUCUCUGUAUAUAAUUUAUAUCUCUAUUUAUAUACUUGAUCAAUUUUCCACGUUUACCAACAAUCAAUUAAAACGGGAAUUUUAAUUUUCACAAGUUAAUUGUGAUAAUACAACAAAAAAAAAACUUCUUCUCUCCCAAUCAAUCGACUCA